AAAAGUUUUAAGCGAAAUUUUGCCACAGCCUACCGGUACAGAGUAGCAUGAGCCAAAUCUACUCGUUAUUAGCUUUUUGCUGCUUUUGCUUAAGCAAAACCUGCCCGGUUAACAGAGGACUUAAUCGCGUAUCAAUUCUGCACCAGCUCGAUGUCGCUUCCCAGGGGAAUAACUCUGAGCCUAUAUCGUUGAACCAACUUUUUAAUCUGACCACCAGCCACGAACCCAGUCCUGACGACAUCAUCAUCCGGGCUCCAUUGUGGACCACCGUCGAGCUGCGCUGCCCCGUCGGGAAUGACAACCAAGCCACGGAGCGUUACACGCCGUACAAGUUCAACAGCAUACUGCAGCUAACCAACACAAGCAACUUGGAAGAAGGUCGGAAUGCGGCGUGGAAUCUCUGUCUACGCCCGCGCCCCAAGUGUGGUGAACCGAUCCCAAUGUACACACCGGUAGCCUACACCCCGAUGACUUCCGGCGGCCGCAUCUACACCAUCACGCUGUUCAACUUCUCGCAGAUGCAUAGUGGCAUCUAUGAGUGUUUGCAGUACAACGGCAGUCAACUGAUAACCUCUCGGAGGUACCGUGUUAGUCCCCAUAUGACGCGGGAGGUACUGUUUGAUCCUCCCAUGUCCAAUAUGACCGUCACCGUUGGUGACGAAGUAAAGCUGCGUUGCCAUGUGAAAUUCGACGCCGUGCCGAGUCCUUUUGGUGAGCGGUUUCUGUUUCGCAGCGAGGAUUACUUGAUCUUUGCGUCCAAGCAUGGGCUAUUUCGCAACGGCGUGCAGUCGCGAGACGGAGCAGACACGUGGUACUCGGUGUUUGCCGAUGGUUGUGAGUGCGGCCUGGAACUUCGAAUCACAAAAGUCAGCCGCCGCGAUGCCGGACGCUACCAGUGCUGGUUCCGUGUCGAUGAUCUCUUUGACGAAUGGUUUGUGCAGGAGUUCUAUCUGAACGUUGGGUAAAAGGUC